UAGGUUAUAAAUAUUUGGGUUUGGGUCGGGUAAAAUUACAAAUCCAUACCCGACCCGACCUGAUAUCGGGUUCAGGUAAAAAAUCUCGGGCCAAGUUCGAAUUACUUUGUUCUAGGUUCGGAUUUGGAUAUUUUAAUGUUCGGUCGAGUCAAUUAAGAUUGGGUUCGGGUUGAGAAGUUCCACCAAGUUGAGCACUAUUCCCAACCAAGCAACUAGGGCAGUCAGAUUGUUUUUUCCUCAAUAAUCCGUCAAGGCGGAGUGACGGAGGAGGAGGCUAUACAAUGUCGACGGUGUACGUAUUGGAGCCGCCGACGAAAGGCAAGGUGAUUAUCACGACAACCUACGGGCCUUUAGACGUCGAUCUCUGGCCAAAAGAGGCCCCCAAAGCUGUCCGAAACUUCGUGCAGCUCUGCCUUGAAGGCUACUAUAACAACACCAUCUUCCACCGAAUCAUCAAAUCUUUCCUCAUUCAAGGGGGUGAUCCAACCGGCACUGGCACUGGAGGAGAGAGUAUCUAUGGGGGUGUGUUCCCUGAUGAAUUCCACUCCCGCCUUAGAUUCAAACACAGGGGUUUGGUUGCAUGUGCUGGUUCCGGCUCACCCAAUACAAAUGGAAGUCAAUUUUUUAUAACAUUAGAUAAAUGUGAUUUUCUAGACAAGAAGCACACAAUUUUUGGAAAGGUAACUGGGGAUUCAAUUUACAAUCUUUUGAGUAUCGGCGAAAUUGAAACUGACAAUGAUGACAGGCCAUUGGAUCCUCCCCCUAAAAUCCUUUCUAUUGAGGUAUUCUGGAACCCAUUUGAUGACAUUAUUCCACGGGUAACACCUAAAAGUGCUUUAGUGCCUUUAGCUGACAAUGACCAUCAGGGUAAACAGCGGAAACCUAAAAAAAACUUGAAUUUGCUUUCAUUUGGCGAAGAAGCAGAGGAAGAGGAGAAAGAUUCGUCUGCAAUCAAUGUCAGGAUAAAAAGCAGUCAUGAUAUACUGGAUGAUCCACGCCUUCUGAAGGAAGAAAACCAUGAUGAAUGUUUGACAUUAUCUGAGAACAAAAUAAGAAGGGAUGUGCAGUUAAGUGUCAAAGAAGCAUUGCGCUCAAAGGGGAAUGCAGUAGCAAGAGAACCAGACGCAAAACCUCAUCAAUCCCAUAGUGAAGAAGAUGAUGAUGAUGACGAUACUGGCUUUGAUGUACGGAUGCGUAGGCAGAUAUUGGAAAAAAGAAAGGAACUUGGAGACAUGCCAAGCAAGCAGAAGUUGCAAAAAGAGAACUCCAAGACAAGGGCGCGCUCCUCGUCUCCUUCAAGGUCUGCCAAAGAAUAUGAUGACCGACCAAAAAUUGAAAAAUUGUCUAUAAAGAAAAAGGGAAUAGGGUCCGAUGCUAGGGCUGAACGCUUGGCUUGUGCUGAUACAGACCUGCAAUUACUAAAUGGAACUGAACGCGAUAGACACUCGUUGAAGCUAAAACGGCGCAGGCGCCAUGGGCAGGAAGAUGUGGUGUUAGCGAAACUAGAAAAGUUUAAGAAUUUGAUUUCUUCAAAGCCGCAUACUUUUAGUGGUGAAAAUGAUGGAGAAAAGGGCGAGGACCUAUCUGAUUGGGCAUCUGCCAAGCUAAAAUUUGACCCCGAGCCUUCAAAGAACAAUAUGUCGCGCAACAAUGACCCGAAUGACUAUUUGGUGCAUGACCCACUUUGGGAGAAAGGCAAAGAGAAGUUCAAUAAAAUGCAAGUGAAGCAGAAGCGCCGAGAACGAGAAUGGGCAGGAAAGUCCAUUACUUGAAAUUCUCCAUUCUUGUGCUAGCAUGAAAUGUAGUUUAUAUAUAUCGAUACCUUCUUCUUCAUGGGCUGAAUCAAAUCCUCUUUUCGUGUUUUUCCGUGCCAAAAAACGAAUGAAUAUUUUGAUGCUAAGAGGAAUCUUUAUCAAAUUUGUACAUGUUCUAUAAGACUGAAGUUGAAACAAUGGCAUUAACUCAUCAUUAGCAGUCACUCUAUAUAUCUCAUUA